AUGGACCUCAGCGCCCCUGAUCUGCUGGACACCUGGCUGGAGCCCCCAGAAGAUGUCUUCUCUACAGGGUCCUUCCUGGAGCUGGGCCUCCACUGUCCUCCUUCCGAGGCGCCGGGGACCAGGCUGCAGGAACAGGGCCUGCCAGGCUGGGAGUCUACGGGGGGCCAUGGCCAUGGACUUCAAGAGAAUGAGCCUGAAGACUGCUUGAAGAUUUUUAUUGAUCCCAAUGAGGUCUACUGCUCGGAGGCCUCUCCAGGCAGCGACAGCGGCAUCUCCGAGGACCCUGGUUGUUCCGACAGUCCACCUGCCCCGCAGCCCCCCAGCUCUCCGGCCCUCUAUGAAGUUGUCUAUGAGGCAGGGAUCCUGGAUGGGAUGCAGAGGACAGCUGAGCCCACCGUGGGGCUCAUCUCCAUUCAACUAGAUCAGUGGAGCCCACCGUUGCUGGUGCCUGAGGCCUGCAUGGUUAGCAGGCUGCCCUUGGAUGCUCACCCUCCCAUCAUGCCCCGAGCUGGUGCUGUGGCUCCAGGGCCUGCCGACACCCUGCUGUCACGUCAGCCGUUGUUCCUGACAGACGAGGAGAAGCGCCUGCUGGGGCAGGAAGGGGUUUCUCUGCCCUCGCACCUGCCACUCACCAAGGCAGAGGAAAGGGUCCUCAAGAAAGUCAGGAGGAAAAUCCGGAACAAGCAGUCGGCUCAGGACAGCCGGCGGCGGAAGAAAGAGUACAUCGAUGGGUUGGAGAGCAGGGUGGCAGCCUGUUCUGCACAGAACCAGGAGCUACAGAAAAAAGUCCAGGAGCUGGAGAGACACAACAUCUCCCUCGUGGCUCAGCUCCGCCAGCUGCAGUCGCUCAUUGCUCAGACCUCCACCAAGGCUGCCCAGACCAGCACCUGUGUUCUGAUCCUUCUUUUUUCCCUGGUUCUCAUCAUCUUGCCCAGCUUCAGCCCCUUCCAAGGCUUACCGCAAGUUGGGCCCGAGGACUACCAGGCUCAUGGAGUGAUUUCCAGAAAUAUCCUGACCCACAAGGACACUGCAGACAAUCUGGAGACCCCAGUGGCCGAGGCCAGACUCCAGGAGCCACCUGGAGCCAAGCGUGUCAAUGGCUCAGCAAGGACACUGCUUGAGAAGACACGAGGGAGGCCAGGAGCCAGUGGGCGCCUCACUGCUGUGCUGCACGCAGAUGAGAUGUGA